AUGUCAACUCCAAAGAAGAAGUCUUCUUUGUCUUCCUCUACAUCGAGUAGUAGUAGUGGUAGUUCAUCACAAAACAAACAAGGAGGAGGAAUCAUUUCCAAGAUUAUUAGUGUUGUAACAAAUCAAAACAAUGUAUUACCUAUUGCAUUGAUUCUAUUCCUUGGUGAAAUAGCAUUAAACUAUUUAAUCGUUACAAAGAGAGCUUAUACCAAUAUUGAUUGGGAAGCAUAUAUGGAACAAAUCGAUUUGUUUGUCAAUGGUGAACGUAAUUAUAUGAAGUUGGAAGGUGGAACAGGACCUGUUGUAUACCCAGCAGGUUAUAUCUAUGUCUAUACUGCUUUAUAUUGGUUGACCAAUCUAGGUCAAGAUAUUAGAGUGGCUCAAUGGAUAUUUGUUGCAUUAUAUCUUACAUUGACUCUUGUUGUAUUCUUUAUUUAUAAUAGAUCAAAAUCGGUACCAGCAUAUGCAUUAACAUUUUUAUGUAUUUCUAUUAGAGUUCAUUCAAUCUUUUCAUUGAGAUUAUUCAAUGAUGGUAUUGCAAUGUUAUUAUUCUAUGUAGCAUUGUUGUUGAUCAUCAACUAUCGAUGGUCGUUUGGAUGUCUAUUUUUCAGUUUGGCAGUAUCCAUUAAAAUGAAUGUAUUGUUGUAUGCCCCUGCACUCCUCCUACUACUCGUACAAACAUUUGGUUUCUUGGGUGCUAUUCCAAAGUUGGUCUUGUGCGCAGUCGUACAGGUCGUCCUAGCCGCCCCCUUUUUACUCUACAAUCCAGAGAGCUACUUGAACCGUGCUUUUGAAUUCUCACGUCAAUUCCUCUUCAAAUGGACUGUAAACUGGAGAUUCAUCCCCGAGGAUAUCUUCCUUUCCAAACCAUUUGCUCUUGGACUCUUAACAAUUCACCUUUUAUUAUUAGUUAUCUUUUUACUCUUUAAAUGGACUAGACCAGAAGGAUUAUUUAAAUCAAUUAGAUUUGGAGAAUGGAGAAAUGUUGGUGAAAGAAAAUUAAAUGUUAGAUAUAUGUUGUUGGUCAUGUUUACAAGUAACUUGAUUGGUGUCACAUUUGCAAGAUCACUUCACUACCAAUUCUAUGUAUGGUACUAUCACACCAUUCCAUUCCUUCUCUGGCAAACCCGUCUCCCAGUAGUUGUUCGUGUUGCCAUCAUCGGUGCCAUUGAAUAUUGUUGGUACAAAUAUCCAUCUACCAAUCUAAGCAGUGGAUUAUUAUUGGUUUGCAACCUCGUAAUUAUCUUUUCAUUAUUAUUCCUAUCAUCAAUCAAUGAAAAGUUUGUAGUAGAUCAAAAAAAGAAACAAAAAUAA